CAAAUCAAAUGUUAUUUCGAAAACACUUCAAACUUUUUAAUUUGUUAAAUGUCGCCAAGCGCUUAAUUUGAAUAAAACCAAGACGUCCCUAUCUUUUAAAAUGUAAAAUAGAAAACACCCAUUCAGAAAGCCCUGGGUUCACCUGAAACCGCCACAGCCGCGCUUUUCUGUUGGACAUGUUUGCCAGAAUUUGGUCAGAUUUUGAGCAGAAAUGUCGUGAGAAAUUACAGUCACUGCGUUUGUGGUGGAAGGCUGCCUUCCCCAUAUCUGUGUCCGCGCCUAUGGCUGCCGAUGACUACAACCCAGUCUCCCUCAGACACAAAUCAAAGAAAAAGACUCGAGGAGGCAAUGGUACAAUGAGCAGAAGGAGGAUCUCAGUCAAAGACCUUGGACAGCCAGAUCACCAGGGAUGGCUUUACAGGAAGAAAGAAUCGAAAGGCUUUCUGGGGAUUAAGUGGAAGAAAUAUUGGUUUGUUCUCAAAAAGACUGCACUCUACUGGUACAACAAUCAGCUGGCUGAAAAGGCUGAGGGAUAUAUUGACCUCACCAACUUCAUGAUCGACAGAGCCAUAGAAUGCAAAAAGAAACAUGCCUUCAAAGCCUGUCAUCCAAGGGUCAUGAUGUUCUACUUUGCUGCUGAGAGCCAUGAUGAAAUGACUCUAUGGUUGAAUAAGCUGGGGUUAGCUUCCAUUCAUUAUGAGCCAGCGGAACAACACACAGUAGCUGAAUGUUAUAGUGAAGCUAGUGACCACGAAGAGACUGAGACCCCUGAAAUCCCUCCUCCUCCGUACUAUGAGGAAACGUUACAGGACCGCGUCGAUGCCUCUUCUCCACCUGGAAGUACAAAUCAAGGGACACUUCCUCCACCAUACUCCUCCACCGCACCAAGUGAAGCUAAUGGUUCCCUGUCCACCCCUGUCAGUACUAUGACCUCUCAGGACUCCGCCUCCUCACUGGUCAAACAGCGGCAGUCGUGGAUGGACUUGGUCACUCAGGCAUCUCCUUCUACUACUGAGACGGCAAUAGUGUGCUCUGUGCAAGUACACACACAGCAUGAAGAGGAGGAGGAACAAGAAGAAGAGGCCAUAACUCCACAGCCUAAAGCAGGGUCUGAAGCAGAGGGUCCAGAGAAUAAAGAGGAACCAGAGAAUACAGGAAAUCAUGAAGCUGAAGAAGACCAUAUGCUUUCAGAUGAGUUGGAGAAGCUGUACAUACACCUCAAAGAAGCAAGCCUUUCACCAAUUGGAGACCGCAAACCAUCCACAAAAAGGGAAUUCCGGGCAUCCUUCAUAAAACGGUCCAAAAAUCAUACAGUUAAUGAUAAACUUCACCUCAUUAGGACUCUAAACAGCACAUUGAAGUCGAAAGAAGCAGAUCUUCAGGUCUUGGAGCAGUUGCUAAUGGAUCCACAGCUCACUGCAGAGAAGUUCAGAGAAUGGAAAGAUGCCAAUGCACCUCUAAUGCAGGAAAUCUGCUGCAAAAGUGACCAGCAGGGGACGCCAGAGGACACAAACUCUGAAACAUCUGAGGUUUCCACUUCACUGGUUGAAACUAGUUUAUAAGGACUAAAGAAGCUAAAUAUGGACAUUUAUUGUUUACAUGCACUGCUGUAAUAUGAAAAACUACUGUUACUCCCCCUCAUAUGAAUACAUUUAUGAAGAAAUUGUACAUAAGUUACUUUUUUAGGUAAAUGUGAAUGUUUUUUGUAUUUACCUGCUUUUUUUGUUUUAUAUUUGUUUCUUACUGUCUAGUACAUGUUUUAAAGUGUCCCUUUUUUCUUUUUUACUGGUUUUAUUGUAUUAUGGGUGCUAUGCACUGACUAAACCACAUUACCAUGAAUAUCUGUGUCUCCCUAAACAUUGUUGCCUUGGUGUUAAAAUAUUGCAGAGCAACACAGUCUGCACAAACAACAUUAAACAUUUGCCAUGAUUUUAAAAUCAUAUUCUUAUCUUCUUCAACAUAUGUACAAUAGGCUAAUACUUAUUGCAGUUGUAUUGCCUAAGAUCUCAUGCAUGUUUCUUUAGCCACGGCUGCCUGAGGGUGAUGGAAACAAGACAGAUAAUUUACAUGUUGGUCCCUCUGUCCACCACCAAUCACAUUGUAAAAACAAUGUGCCCUGGGAUUUAAACUUUGAGUUUGGGUCCUCUACAGUAGUCUUUACCAACCAUGGAUUGGUUUCAGAUUUUUAAAUGUUUAAAUUGAAUAGUAUUUAAAUAAAAAUGUUUGUAGUAAA